AUGGUUAGAGAGACUUAUUUUUACGAUAUAUUAUCCGUCAGUUCAACGGCUACCAAAGAGGAAAUAUCAAGAUCAUAUAAGAAACUAGCGUUGAAAUGUCAUCCUGAUAAAACUAAUCAUGAUCCAGAACUAACAGAAAAGUUCAAAGAGAUGACACGAGCAUAUGAAAUUCUUAGAGACCCCAGAAAAAGAGGAAUAUAUGAUUCAUAUGGUGAAGCAGGACUAGAAGGAGUAACAGUACCAGAUCCCGGUACUAAUGGUGGAGGUUCAUCAGGUUCGAGUUCCCGUCCUCAUCGACGUACACAUUCAUUUGCCACAGAUAUCUUUUCACAAGUUUUCCAGGAUAUUAAUAACAUGUUUUCAAGCCAUAAUGUAAUGUUUGAAGGUCCGCCACAAUUUGCUGGAUUUCCAGGUAAUAAUCAAAAUAUGAAAAAGCACGUUCAACCUAUUGGUAGACCAUUGGCAGAGCAAUUAGUUAGAGGAGAAGAUAUCCAUCAUACAUGUGAAGUGAAUUUAUCGGACUUUGUUUAUGGGAAAACUAUCAAGUUAUCAUUACCAAAAAACAUGAAAUGUGUACAUUGCAAUGGAUUUGGAGGAAUAAAUCCAAUGACAUGUAAAACCUGUCGAGGUUCAGGGCAAGUAUUAGUGACAUAUUACAAUGAUUUUUCUCGAUAUCAACAAAGUGGAUCGUGUGCCACUUGUAAUGGAACAGGUAUUUUCAUCAGACCGGCUGAUAAAUGUGUAUAUUGCGAUCUUGGAUAUCUCGAGAGUACAAAAAUUGUGAAAGUACACGUACCGCCAGGUGCCAAUAAUGGACAUCGUAUAAUAUUGAAAGGAGCAGCCGAUGAAGCUAGAAAUACCAUUCCAGGAGAUUUAGUAAUUAAAUUGAAACAAAAACCACAUCCAUAUCUUGUUCGAAAAUAUAAUGAUUUGUUUAUGAACUAUGAAAUUGAUUUGAAGACGGCAUUAUUGGGUGGUGAAAUAUAUAUUCCAGAUUAUUUGAAGCCAGGACAGAGCUUAAGAGUUUACGUCAAUGUUCAUGGGUACAGAUCAAUCAAUACUGAAAAAGUACAACACGCCGAAGUUGUGGGGACAAUUCGCCCAGAUGAACCGAAAAUAGUUAGAGGAUUUGGCGUUCCUAUCAACACACUGAUUAGAAAUGGGAUAAUUGUUCAAACACCCCAAGAUUCAGACUCACAAAUAGAACAAAUGCUUGAUAUCAACAGAUACAGACGAGGCAAUUUGUACAUCAAUUUCCAUGUCAAGAUGCCAUCGAUUGAAGAUUUUCUGGAAAAUGAUUUAAUUCAAAUGAAUACUAUUUUUAAUAAAUGUGAAUCACAACCUACAGAAGUACCAACAGGAAAUGUUAUGGAAUCAUAUUUGGAAAAUAUUCCAGGAACAAGAAGAAAUCCCAUAAAUUUGGAUGCCACACCUAUCAUGUCUGAUAGUCCAUCAAAGGAAAGCAGUAAUUCAAUUAAAUUGGAUUUUAACAACAUAAAUAUCAAUGAAGGCGCCAGUGAACAUAAUGAGGAAUACAUAAAUGAGGGAUCAAAUAAGAGGAGACGUUUUGAGAAUGAACAGGGAUCAAGUAGAGUAGCUAAUCCUUUAUGA